AAAAUUCUGCUUAUAAUGAAGAAUUAGAUACUCAAAUUAAAAAAAAUUUAAACCAGAUAUCCCAAGAAUAAAGAAUAAGUCCACAUAAACCUAAAAUUCCUCAUAUCUUUAAAGAAAAGUAGUCAAAAGAUCAAGUAAAUUAAAAAGAUUUUGAAAAACUAGACAAUUUAGGAGAAGGUGCAUAUGGAGAUGUAAUUUUAGUUAAAAAGAUAUCAAAUAAUAAAAUAUUUGCAAUGAAAAUAAUAAAAAAAUCUAAAAUAAUGGAAUAAAGUUUAAACAGAAAAAUGCUAAUUGAACGAAAAGUAUUAUUAGAAAAUAAAAAUCCAUUUAUUGUUAAUUUAAAAUAUUCAUUUUAAACAGAAAAAAAGCUUUAUUUAGUAAUGGAAUAUUGUAAAGGAGGUGAAUUGUAUUCAUAUAUAGCAAAAUAUAAAAAAUUUCCUAUAGAAAUAGCAAAAUUUAUAUGCGCGGAAGUUAUUUUAGGACUAUAAUAUUUACAUGAGAAAAUGUAAAUUAUGUAUAGGGACUUAAAACCAGAAAAUAUACUUAUUACAGAAGACGGACAUCUUAAAAUUGCAGAUUUCGGUUUAGGUAAAAGUAUUAAAGAUGAAAACUAGGUGACUUUUUCAUUUCUUGGGACUCCAGAAUAUAUAGCUCCUGAGAUUAUUAAAUGUAAAUAAUCUUUUGAAAAAAACGGGUAUACAUUAAAAUGCGAUAUAUGGGCUUUUGGAAUUUUGCUUUAUGAAUUAAUUAAUGGGUAACCACCUUUUACUAAUCCUUAAAGAAACUGGAAUGUUAUUAUGAAACAAAUUUUGAAUAAUAAUCCUAUAUUUAAUUCAGAUUUUAAUGAUGAUAGUAUUGAUUUAAUUAAAAAAUGUCUUAAUACUGAACCCAAAUAAAGACCAAAUUGGACUGAAAUUAGAAUUCAUCCUUUUUUUUUGAAUAUAGAUUGGGAAGGUAUUUAUAUGUAAAAAUAUGAAAGUCCUCUUAGAUAAUUUAUUACGCAAAAAAAAGUAAAAUUAUAAAGACCUAAACCUAUUUUGGAAACUCCUAUAGAAGAUUAUAAUAUAAAUCUUCCGAAUAUUAAUGGAUUUACGUAUGAUCCGUAAACUCUUCCUAAUAAAAUUUCUAUUUUGUGA